UGUAUCUCUGUACAUCCCUGUACAUUGAUGUACAUAGCUGAAAGAAAGCAAGAUCUGCAUUAUUUUACCGACAAAAACUCCAGAUUAGGUUGCACAGAGAUAUUCACCCUGAUGACUGGCGCAGCUGAAAAUGGCAGAUCUCGAGUCGGACAGCCCAGCUGCUGGGACAAGUGGAGCAACUGCUAACCUCCUUGGAUGUGUGACGAACCGCUACACAACUGAUGCGUUCCAAAGACUCUCCAAACUACAACAAACAGACCAACUCUGUGAUGUCACACUCAAAGCAGGGGAUGUCUCGAUUCGUGUUCAUAAGGUCGUCAUGGCCGUCUUUAGUGACUACUUUUGUACAAUGUUCACCUGUGAAUUCCGGGAGAGUAAACAAGAUUUCAUCGAACUUCACGGUGUGAGUGGUGUUGGACUUAAAGCCAUGGUCUCUUUUGCAUACAGUGGAGGCCUUCUCCUUGACUUGGAUAAUGUUUCUGACGUCCUCGGUGCCGCAUCCCAUUUUCAGAGUGAGGAAGCAAUUAGUUUGUGUGCAAGUUACCUGAAGCGCUGCAUGUCCACUGAUAACUGUAUUGACAUCUUUAGACUCGGUGAGCUGUAUUCUUUGGAUAAAGUGAAGGACUUUGCGACUGCAUUUAUGUUGGAGGAGUUUGAGAAAUUUGCAAUGUCAGAACAGUACUUUAAACUCACCGACUCGGAAUUAGCGCAACUUUUACAAAGCAAUUGUUUGAAGAUUUCAUCGGAGUAUUGCUUGUUUGAACUAGUUUUGCGAUGGAUUAUGUAUGACAGUGAUGACCGUAAGCAGUUUGCUGUGCCACUUUUAAGCAAUGUGCGAUUCUCGUUGAUGUCCGUUAACGAACUAAUCAAACAAGUUGGAAGCUUCGCCCUCAUAAACGAAAGUAAGGAAUGUCUACAGUUGGUGAUGUCGGCAAAGGAUUACCACUUGCAACCAGUCAUGCAGCCCUUGCUUCAGUCAGCAUCCACACAGGUUCGCUCGGACCAACCAUGUCUUGUCCGCAUCGAGGAGCAACGUAUCACUGCAUAUAGUCUAAACAAUGAGAAGACAUCUAUUUUACAAGACUGCCCUGUCAAACAGUACAACCCGUGUGUCAUCGUUGUAAACAACUUUCUGUAUGCCUGUGGUGGCAAGUUGGGCAACUAUAGUUCAUUGGCGUCUUCGACUUUUCAGAGGUAUGAUCCAAGAUUUGACAAUUGGAUGCCACUGCCACCUAUGAGUAAGCCAAGAAAAAACUUUUGCUUGACCUACAAAAAUGGCUACAUUUACGCCAUUGGUGGUCAUGACGGUGACGGACACACAAUGCGCUCGAUGGAUGCGUUUAACAUUUCAACCAACGCCUGGGAAAAGAAAAAUCGGAUGCCAGAACGGCGUCAAAAUCACACGGCUGCGACAUGUGAUGAACAAGAUCGUAUCUUUGUUACCGGAGGCAAAGGCAUAAAUGACUCAGUCAGCUAUAAAGUGUUUGCGUACAGCCCGGAGACAGAUAUAUGGCAAGAAUUGACCAGCAUGCCGGUAUGUUUGGAAAACCAUGGGAUGUACGUUACUGUAGACAAAAUAUUUGUCUUUGGUGGGAAAAGGUCCCUACAUGCGCAUACUUUGUUCGUUUGUGAUCUCACAACUGGUGAUUGGAUACAACAGGUGGAGUCAUGGCAGCACCCUGGCCCAGUCCGCGGCUUGACCUUUCAUGACUCCACCAUGUAUUUCAUCGGUAGCGUGGAGUCCACAGAUAUGGAGAUGAGGGGUGUAGAGCAGAUCAUUGUUGUAAAGUUUCCAGACAUUGACAAGAAUGCCAGCCAGAAGAAAACUUUCCAAACCAAGAGGACAGUCACAAUCGAUCUCUUGAACUCUGCUUCAUUUUGCACUGUGAUGUUGCCAACCUCAGUCUUCAAAUGACUGUCGAUUGUAUCUCUAGACAAUUUGAACUGACAAGUUACCAAGGGCCAUAUGAUCGUGUUGGAUAACUUAGGCCGGGCCUGGCAAUUGCUCUUUUGCUAAAUUUGUUAUGUAUAUAGACAAGUAGUGUGGUUGACUAACUGUGAUGUCUGUAUAGUGAGGUGUGUGACGUACAUAACUAUGAUGCGUCACAAGCUGUUCAUCAUUAUGAAUCACCUUUCUGCCCUGAAAAUAUUGCAUGGUGUUUUUCCUGUAUUAAGUGUUGCUAGUGAAAGCUGCAUUAUAACCAGUGAACUGGCACCGCCCAUAAUCAUGUACCGCCAUCUGCUGUCAGUGGUUGUCUGAUUGUUGUAGUAUCAUGGAUUUAAAAUAAAUGUCAUUCAAGUCUAAUUAUUGA